AUGCUCUUCUCAUUGCUCUUGCUCUGUCUCAUAAACUGUUUGUCGCUCGCUUUUGGCCAAGACGGAAUCUAUCGAAAACAUGACUUUGGAGUACGAAGCGUUUUCUACGAGCUGAGAGCCACGGGUACCGCUAGCUGCCCUCAGCAUGGCAUCUUCACAUUCGAUGGCUCGAUCCAAGCUCUCAUCGUUGCUGACCUUUACAACCUGAAGCAAAAGCCCGUCCAGCGUGAGACGAUUACCACCUAUCUUACGUCUCUGCCGCUCAUGUCGAGCACAGAGGGCAACGCGGGCUCGCUCGUUGCCCAAGGUGCAAUCAAGGAUGAUACUGGUAGAAUCACUGGCGGCAAGUUCUCGUUCGUCGUAGGCGCAACAGACACGCAGAUGUGGCCAGUCAAAGAUCGACAAUGCUGCAAAGCACACGUUCGUUUCAACGUCACCCUCGGCGUGACAGACGCCUAUCUGUCGCCCGAUGACAAGGCCGACAGCUGGAUCGAGUGUGGCCAGGAAAUCACCGGCGAGCCUCACUGCACGCCUGGCAGAACAGAGAGAGCCUAUUGCAGCGAGCCUGCUCGCCUCGUCAGCGCCGUACCAACCGUGGCAGCUGACUUGCCUUUCGUACGCACGUAUCAGAUACGCUACGAAGCGGACGCCAAGUGUAACACGCCUAUAAGAGGAGGUUUCUUGAGCGAAUUUCUCGAUACCAAGAUCCGCCCGCUGUAUUCCACCAUUGUGCUCGUCGGAAGAGGCAGUGCGCCUGGGGAGCCGCGUUGGUGGCGACCCUCACAGAUCUCGUUUGGAUUAUUGAGGAUCAAUGUCGUCCCGAUGGACCUCUUCAUCGGCACCGAUGACAUCUUCUUUGACUUCCUCGUUCGCUUCAGGGACUUCGGAGAGAAUCAGGUUGCGUGGCCGGACGAAGUCAGAUCGUGUUGCGAUCCAGUCACCGAGGUCCAAGUUCGCCUCUUCUACACUCGUCAACAUGCUUCGUGGUCGGCACUCCCAAAUCGCUUGAUGUUCGCUGCCUGUUUUCCGAGCCCUCAAGCUAGACGAGCGCCUCGACGCGCUUGCAAGCUGAGAUUCAUCACGCCCGCUGACUUUCCUUGCCUUGAUAUAAAGACGCUGCUUUUCGUGGUCACACACAAUGUGAGCGGCGAGAAGGACCAGCCAUGUCCUCCUGAGCAACAAUCGUGA